AAGUAAGCUGGACCUCAGCCGCGGCGGCGUAAACGCGCCUAGUUACGCAUGCGCGGCGCUGCAGGCAUCACCAUAGAUCAAUAACAAACCAGCGCGCGCAUCGCCGUGGAACGCAUCGAUGCUACGCACAGCAUCGCGCCUCGCCGCGCGCACCACGCUGGUGCAAAGGCGCCGCGCGUCGCGCGUCGUCAAGGUCAAGGCCCUGCCCUUCGACCUCAACACGGAGGCGUUGCUAAGAAACGCCUUUAGUGAGCAAGACAUCUCACCAACAAACAUCGAGCUGCGCCAGCGUUCCAGCGGCCGCUUCAACGGUGCUGCCUCAUUAACCUUCGACGACGUCGACGAAGCCACGAAGGCCUUCCGACGACUGCGCCACGACGGCGUCGAAAUAGGAAAUCGGAAAGUAGAAGUCGCGUGGGGCACGACACCGUUCGAGCCCGAGCCCGAACCCACACGAGAGGAAUUGGAGGAGGACCCCCUGAAGGUACUUACACGAGUAUUAGAUGAGCGCCGACUACCCACAUUGGAUCAAAUACGAGCGGAGAUGCUGCAGAACGACCAGCACGACAUCGUCCGAGAGGCGCGGUUUCCCGGUCUUAUUAUGGGUGAAGAUGAGGUAGACGAGGAACCCCCACAACCGAAGAAGAAGAAGGUCGUGGACCCGUCAGAACCGUUAGGAAAGUGGGCCGAGACCAUCGUCAAGAUCAAUCGGGUCCAAAAAGUCGUAAGGGGAGGGACGAUUAUGAGGUACCGAGCGUUAGUUGUGGUCGGUAAUUUGAUGGGCGCCGGCGGCUUCGCCUAUGGGAAAGGUCAUUCACCGAGGGACGCCGUGGCUCGUGCAUCAAAAGCCGCGAAACGGGACCUGCGCUUCGUCGAAAGGUUUAGGGACACGUCGCUGUUGCACGACGUGCGGGGCAAGCACAACAACUGCAUUGUGGACAUCUACGCGAAGCCGCCCGGUUCUGGGAUCGUCGGCGGGCCUCUUGGUAGGCGUAUCCUGACGCAGCUCGGGUUUUCGUCGUUCACGAUCAAAGCAAGGGGUAGGAGGACGCCUUAUAGCUACUGCGCGGCGGCCUUCGACGCGUUAUCAAAGCAUCGCUCUGUUGAAGAAAUAGCGCGGAGUCGCGGGCGACGUAUUUUAGAGAUCGAGCACGCGGCGGCGCGGCACGCGCGGUCACCAUUUAAGGCUUAGUUAGUGUUA